CAUUGUGCGGAGUGAUCUGAUACGGACUACACCCAGGCUUCCUAUGCGAUCCUAGCACUGACGUUUGACAACGCGGAAGAGGGGUUCAAUUGGAGAUACAGAAUUCGCCUGUUUGCCAUUCAGAGCUGUCUGCCUCCGACACGUGUAUUUUUUUUGGCUAUAGGGAGUUUUAUAAGUCUUCUUUUCCUUCAAGAUGUCUUGGCAAAGCUACGUAGAUAGCCUGAUGGCCGACGGCAGCUGUCAGGAUAGCGCCAUUGUUGGGUAUGGGGACGCCAAAUAUGUUUGGGCAGCACAUGCGGGCGGUACUUUCAACAACAUAACGCCUCAAGAAAUUGAUACCAUCAUUGGGAAGGACAGGGAGAGCUUCUUCACCAAUGGGCUCACUCUGGGCUCAAAGAAGUGCUCUGUCAUAAGAGACAGCCUUCACAUUGACGGUGACUGGACGAUGGACAUCAGAACAAAGAGCCAAGGAGGAGAACCAACAUACAAUGUCUCUCUAGGAAGGGCUGGAAAAGCAUUGGUUUUAGUCAUGGGAAAGGAGGGGGUCCAUGGCGGACAGCUCAACAAGAAAGCAUUUAGCAUGGCUGAAUACCUGAGGAAGUCUGGAUAUUAAGCAACUUCUCCACCCAUCCAUCUACUCAGCAGUUCACUCCCACUCAGCCCAUUGCGUUGACAGUACUUAAAGGAUUAGAUGGCAUACAAUGUUACUUCCUCUGACACUGUCCACUUUUAUAUGUUUUCUUUUGUUCCAUGUUAAUUCUUUCUCCCCCUGUAUCUUCCCAGUCAAACAUUUUUGACACCACAGAAAUGGCAUGUUUAUCAAAAUGGUUGAAAUAUAUAUUUACCAAAAUAGAGAAUUUGUGCAAAAAAGUCAAAUGUGUAAUAAAAAAUGUAAAAACAAAUUUGGACUCGCCUCAUAUAAACACUCACUUAGCAACUGGCAAAUGUUCAAAGGGAAGUAAACAUGCAAUGGUUUUGCAUAGUGAUCCUUAUUUUUUUGUUUAAGCAUUAGUAGAGAUUGUAGGGUCACCUUUUCUUUAGCAUGUCUGGGGUUUAAAGUUGCAUGCCUACCUUAACAUACAGAAAUCUACCUUUCUAGCCAAUGGCCAAGCAUAGAUAUUCCAGCCAAAACCAUAUUUUCAUUCACUGGUAUCUUUUAUAGCCUAUUGCUACCAUGAAAAUUCAGAAUUCUGGCAAAGUCCUUUUGUGUAGCUCAACCCUUAUCCUUGAUUCCUCUGAGCCCGCCUUUUUAUUUUGCAUUAUCUUCCAUCACAUGCUUUUGCUGUUGUACUUGAAUGUGGUCUUUAAAGUUUAUGAUGUGGUGUUGGGAUAUUGCUUGAGUGUAGUGUAAAGAUUUUCAGAUGUUGCCAUGAUGCUUCACUACAUCCUGUAGUCUCUAUGGACAUUCCACCUACUGUAUACAACAGCACAGACAUUUACUUGCUGGCUAACUACUGCAAUUUGUAUCUUUAUUUUUCUGGCAGUCAGAAAGAUUACACACCCAAGUUAAGUGAGGUGUUUUUUUCCCUUCCCCAUUGGACCAAUUGCAAGUUAAAGGAUUUUCAGAGUUGCUUCAGCCCAUUGUGAUGGAUGAUUUUUUGGCCUCAUGUUUGACGAUAAAUCUUCCGAUGACAAAACAUUUAACUGCUCUAGAUAACUUUUCAGCACUAAUUGGGUUUUUUUCUCUUUUUUUUUCUUUUUUUUUUCUUUUUUUUUUUUUUUUUGCAUUAACAAAUGAAAUGGUAGCGUCACCUUACACAAUAUGAGUACAUUGAAAACCCAAGCUUUUGGGCAAUGUCUUUGAAUCACUUGCCUUGUGCUUUAGUCAUCAAGUGUCAGAAAAUGUUAUAACACGGUACUUACUAAAAAAAAGACAAAAAAAACUGUACACUAAAUUUGCAGAAAAUGAUGGUGGUUGGAAUAGGAACAUUUGUGAGUUGUCUUGUGAACACUUUCUGAGAAUAACUGUAUCCUGUGCCAUAAAAUACAUCUGAGCUGUUGCUACUGUGAGUUGGAUUUUUAACUGCUGCCCAAGCAAGAAGUAACUAUUAACGGCACUUUCUCAAAGGGUUAUUUUGGCAUCAGUAAUCUUCAGGCUUUGUGGAAUAUGUACAGAAUUAAAAUACUGAAAAAGCUU